AUGAGUGGCGGUGGUGAAGGAGAAGAUGAAACAACACUCGAGUUCACUCCCACGUGGGUUGUUGCUGCCGUUUGCACUAUAAUCGUCGCCAUUUCCCUCGCUGCGGAGCGUCUUCUUCACUACGGUGGAAAAUAUCUCAAACGCAAAGAUCAAAAACCACUUUACGAAGCUCUCCAGAAAAUCAAAGAAGAGUUGAUGCUUCUCGGUUUCAUUUCUCUUCUUCUCACGGUUUCCCAAAACGCCCUCACCAAAAUAUGCGUUCCUCCCGGCGUAUUGCGUCACAUGCUUCCUUGUACUCUCCAGGAGAAGGAUCAGAAAGAAUCUGAACUUCCCAAAUCACAUUCCGCUUUCUCUUUCCCCGGAAUCGCACGCCGUCUUCUCGCCGAUCGCCUCCUAGCAGAAGCAGAAGCAGCAGAACAGGCUCAUCCCAAAACCUCUUUCUGCUCCAGCAAGAGCAAGGUUCCUUUGUUAUCUCUUGAAGCUUUGCAUCAUCUCCACAUCUUCAUUUUUGUUCUUGCCGUCGUUCAUGUUACUUUUUCAGUUCUCACCGUUGUUUUUGGAGGCGCCAGAAUACGUCAGUGGAAGCGCUGGGAAGAUUCUAUUAAAAAAGAGAAUUAUGAUACUAGUAAAGUUCUCAAACCAAAGUUUACUCAGGUUCAAAAUCAUGAAUUUAUCAAAGGUCGCUUUUCCGGUUUCGGCAAAGACUCUGCUUUAAUUGGUUGGUUGCAAUCCUUUUUCAAGCAGUUUUAUGGUUCUGUGACAAAAUCAGACUAUGUGACAUUAAGACUCGGGUUCAUUAUGAGUCACUGCAAGACAAACCCAAAGUUUGAUUUUCACAAGUACAUGAUCCGUGCCCUUGAAGAUGAUUUCAAGAUAGUUGUUGGCAUAAGUUGGUAUCUUUGGCUCUUUGUGGUCAUCUUCUUGUUGUUAAAUAUCAAUGGUUGGCAUACAUAUUUCUGGAUUGCUUUCGUUCCUGUUAUUCUUUUACUUUCUGUGGGAACGAAGCUGGAACAUGUAAUAACCCAGCUAGCUCAUGAAGUAGCUGAAAAACAUGCAGCCAUAGAAGGUGACUUGGUUGUAAAACCAUCAGAUGGUCACUUUUGGUUUCAUCGGCCUCACAUCGUCCUCUUCUUGAUUCACUUUAUCCUUUUCCAGAAUGCUUUUGAGAUAGCGUUUUUUUUCUGGAUAUGGGUUACAUAUGGAUUUGACUCCUGUAUAAUGGGACAAGUUCGUUACAUUGUUCCAAGGCUUGUGAUUGGGGUAUUUAUUCAGGUACUGUGUAGCUACAGCACCUUACCACUCUAUGCAGUUGUUACACAGAUGGGAACUCACUAUAAGAGGGCAAUAUUUAAUGAGCAUGUGCAAGUGGGCCUUGUUGGUUGGGCAGAGAAGGUAAAAAAGAAGAAAGCACUUAAAGCUGAAAGCCAAGGAAGUUCUCAUGGUCAUGAGGGUAGUAGUAAUAGUGCAGGAAUUCAGCUUGGGUCAGUUUUCCAGAAGAAGGCGUCAGCUUCCGAGGACAAUGCGUCGUCGGUCCCCAAAGCUGAGGGUAGUAGUAAUAGUGCAGGAAUUCAGCUUGGGGCAGUUUUCCAGAAGAAGGCAUCAGCUCCCGGGGACAAUGCGUCGUCGGUCCCCAAAGCUGAGGGGUCCAACUGA